UUAGAAUGGAGUAAAAUUGAUAUAAAUUGAUAGAGGAUCGAAUAAUGUGAAACUACAAACAACAAACGAUAAUGUAAAGUUUUUAUUCUUCGCACAUUGCAAGAAAUAACAAUUGUUGAAUUGUAUGAUUAUAUUCCCUCCCCUUUUUUAACUUUCCCCCUCUCGUUUUCAAGUUUGUUGAUUAGGCGAUACAGCUGAUCGUGGAACGUAGGGUAGAGUGACGUAGAAUAUAGGGACUCACAAAAGUCGAAAUAAAUUUCACGCACUUCGCUGCAAUACAUUCUUACGUAUGGAUAUGUAUAUAUAAUAACGUAGAAUUUGUUAGUAGAAAAUCGCGCUCGUAUUGAAAGCAAAAAUAAAAUGCUGAAGCCGAAGGCGCUCACUCAGGUUCUCAGUCAGGCGAAUACCGGGGGCGUGGAAAAUACUUUGUUGCUCAACAGAGAUGGUGGAUUAUUAGCAUACAGUGGUUACGGAGAUAAGGACGCUAGAGUUACAGCUGCUAUCACAAGUAACAUUUGGACAGCUUACGAAAAGAAUGGGCGAAAUGCCUUCAAAGAAGACGAACUGCAGUUCGUUCUCAUGGAUUGCAUGGAAGGAAAAGUCGUUAUUACAGAGGUAGCCAAUUUACUCUUAUGUUUGUAUGCAAAGGAGAACGUAGGAUUUGGAUUACUGCGCGAAAAAGCACAGGCGUUGGCUAAGUAUCUCGAUCAACCCUUAAAAACAAUAGCAAAUAUGCCUUGAAUGGUUACGUCACAAUCGAUUCACUUUCAAGAGUCUGCAGUGGUACUCGAGAGAUUACGAAUUUAACUUAUGAUAUUUAUGGUUUAUAGGAAUUUGUAAGUUGUACUGUAUGUGUAUAAAUAUAUUUUUUAUUAGUCCGAAGUAUCAGCGUGCGUGCAUUUCCAUUUUUUAAUAUGUACAUUUGUACAUGAUUGUAAACGCUAUCUGAAUAUAAAGACAUAAAUACAAUAAUAUAUAAGUAUAUAGAUAAAUGGAAGUAAGGGUAAAAGCCACUCUUUAAUGUAUAUAAUAAAUCUUUUAUUUCAUAUAAGUUACAAUUAAUACAAACAAUUUGCGUUUAAUUUUUUUAUUUCACUUUACAAAUCACACACUAUAAUCAUAAGGACUACUUAACAUAAGCUCACCUAUCGGAAAUAUAAUGUCAACAGUUGUCGCAUGUGUGAAUUAUUAUUAUUCAAUGCAUAAAGUUGUUACCAAUUUAUAAUGUUAGAAAAUACGAGACUUAAAAGACUGCACGAUUGGCGAAAAUGAACAGCGUUAAAUAUCUACAUUCUUCUUCGUCACUUACUGCGAAUUGCACUACUAGGGAUAAGAGUUAUUGCAUAGAAAGUUCUAAAGUUUUAUAUCUUUAUCAUACUGGAAUAUUUAUACUUUUAACUAUCAUUAAAUAAAUGAUUUUGAUUACGUUUCGUGUUACACAUCCAUGUACAUACAAGGACGCGAUGGAUGUUUGUAUGUACACACAUGCGGAACCCGUUCCAUUAAAAUCUUCAGCAUUAGAGUGUGUGUGUGUAUAAUAUAUAUGUAUAUAUAUAUAUAUAUGUGUAUAUAUCUUUCCACAAUUAAUAAAUAUUUUUAGUUUCUAUAAACAAGUUAGCGUAGCUUGUUUCAGAAGUCCGAUGCUAAUCGAGGUGCGGUAAAAGCAAAUUCAAAAUUAUUAGAAGCACUCGCAUACUUUUGUCGUAAUCAUUCGACAUCUCACAGUGGAAAAUUCUUAAAUCAAUAAAACUGAAAAAUGAAAUUUAUGUAAUGUAAAUAAAGUCUUACAUGCGCAA